GUGUUUGUGUAUAAAUAAGAAUAUAUCUUUUAAUUAAUUAAUAUUUGUUUGUGAUAGUAAAAUUUUUUAUUUUAAAUCUACUGUUCGGUAAAAUGGAUAUAACAAAUACAAUCCAAAUUUCAGAUGCAUCUCAAUCACCCGAUAUACUUGAAUGGAAGAAAUGGCAAGAAGAAUUUGUGAACGUCGUUGAAGCAAAAGUUAAUCAAAAUCCAAGUUUGUUAGAUAGUGAGAUGCAAAAAUACAUAAAAAGGGCGAGAUUUCAAGUGUACAACGUUUUCCGUGCACCGCACACAGCUUGUAUGAUGAGUCAAUAUGUUGGAUAUGCAAUUCGUGUUUUUGCCGAUUUAGAACGAGCUAUUUUUAAAAGACGGGUCGAUCUAAAAGACUAUUACCACAAUAUGAGUGAAUUAUUGGCAAUGUAUUGUGAUUUACGAGUUAAUGCAUUACUGCUGUACAAGGAUCGCUUGGAUGAAGUACGACAUCAAUUUUUAGUUAUGUUACGUCAAUUUUUAGCAAAUAAUGUUGAUUAUAUCACAAAUGCACUAUUACGUAUACAACGUUUAAAAGUUAGCCGACUGAUGUUUGAAAAUAUGUUCAAAUUUGUUGAAAAAAAUGCAAAUUUUGAAAAAGCACACACAAAUUGUGUAACGUACUGUCGAUAUAUAUUAUUUUAUCGUCAAUGGAAAAAAAUGUAUUCAGAUAUAAUGGUAUUACGUGAAAUAUCUGCACGUGCCGUGGAACGUUUAAAACCCCCGCCAAAUUUUAGAAAACAUAAAUUAUUUGAAAUGUUACGACCUAAAAAUUCUGCGAUACCACCAAAUUUAACAUUAUUUUUUUUAACUGCCCCAAUUAACACAAAUCUUGCUGUUGACAAAUUCUUCUCUCUUGAUGAGAAAUAUGCACCAGCAGAAGCACCGGCACAUGACGAUAUAUACGAAGUGGUUGAUCUCACUGACGAAGUCCAAUCACCAAAACAAGAAGAUGAAUCGUUAGAACGACAACAACCUCAACAAGAAGUUCAAGUAAUGAAUAGAAGUAUCAGUUAUAACAGACCUAAUGACGAUACAUACAAUUUAACAUUAUCGUUUAAUAGUAUGAUGAACAUUGAUAAUAGUCAUCAUCAAACAAGUACUCAACAAAUAGAUAACAUUAAUCAAUCAACAUCAAUGCAGUGUACAACCUCAUUAUCAUCAUACUUACAUGGUAAUGAUCAACAACCAUCAUGGUCACCAAUAACAAGAAAUUUAAUAACAAACACAAAUAAAGAUCAUCAAGAAUCUAUAGAUGCAGGCAUAUUUUCUGAUCGAUCGUCUGGCAACAGUCCAGCAUAUGAGAUGGAAGUGAAAGACGUGAAUGUAAUUACAUCAAACGCAUCGAUAUCAAUGACUGAAAAAGUGAUAACACGUGUUAUAUCAAGUAGUUGUGAUAAAUGUGGCCAUAAAUCUUCAUCAUCAAUUGUUGAUGUUUUACCUCCACCAGCAUCAUUUACUCAACAAAUACAAACUACGAAACCGUUGAUACCGCCGUCCACUCAAUCAAAAACGUCGGUCAUUGUUAUUCUGGAUGAUGAAGAGGAUGUUGAACAAAGUCAUCGUAACGUUAAACAAGUUACACUACCAACUAACGUAGUGAUAGAAGAACAAACACAACAAAAUUGUUUACAAAGUGAAGUCCUAGUACCUGGUGAUAGCGAUAAUGAUGUCAUUAUCGUGAAUAAUGACUGCGAUAAUAAUCAAGAAACAAGUAUUAUUAAAAUUGAAGAAGUGACUCCACCGUCAAGUCAACAAAUUGACGAAUCAAAUACAUCUCUGCCAAUAGAAAGUACAACAACUGGCCAAAAAACAAAUAUUAGUAAUGAUAGAGACGCAACAACAACAAUAAAAUCAUCUACAGCAACCAGUGAAUUGACUCAAAACGUGAAUGUUGAUGAUUCAACAACAACAAUACAAUCGUCUUCAGCAACCAAUGAAUUAACUCAAAACGUGAAUGUUGAUGAUGCUGUGAUAAAUGACAGUAAUUUAGUUCAAGAAAUCGAUAAUCGGACGUUGAAUAUAAAAAAAACCAAUUUAAAAGAUGUGGGUGUAUCAACUCAGGAUAUUAUGGAUAGUGUAGAAGAAACACAUGAACAUGUUUUAAGUGAUAGUAGUACUCAACGGAUAAAAAGGGAUAAUGCUAGUAAAGUGCGUGUUAUGAGUGUGGUUGAUGUUACACCAAGUGCUUGUGUUGGUAACGAUGGAAUAUCAAAUUUACAACAGGCGUCAUCAUCAACGACUCAGGUUGCGAAGGUUUUAAAUGAUGCAGAGACUUUUACCAUAGAUAAACCAACCGUUCUUGGUAUCCAAAAUGAUAAUGUUGCAGAUAUACAAUCAACAAUGAAUGUGGAUGUUAACAAUGAAAAUGUUGAAGAAGAUAUCGACACAGAUAUGGAUACACAGCAUUUUGUUGAUCAAAUGUUUUGUAGUAAACCAAUCGAAUCUAUAUCAAAUAAAAACAAGACUAAUAAAGAUAUAAGUGAUAAUGAUAAUAGUAAUAAUGAUGAAUCACAUCGUGAAUUAUCAGCAUUUUUAAAAUCACCACCACAAAGUGAUCCAUUCUUUUAUGGUUUUAGUAAUAGUAAUACUAGUGGUGGAGGUUUAUUAAAAUCAUUAUCGUCCAAUAACAAUUCAUUAUCAUCAUCUACAUCGUCAUUAUUCAAUAAUAAUAACAAUAACAUUGAUCAUAACCAAUGUUCAAUACAUUUACAAAAUGCAACACGACUUACUGAAGAGUUUGUAUCAACUACACGUACACGUGAUACUACGUUUAUGAAAAAUACAACAAAUACUAAUAAAACUAUUAAAAAUAUAAGUUUUAGUAGUAGUACUAAUAAUAAAAAUGCAAGUAAUAAUCAUAAGAACACUAAAUCAAUAUUAAAAACCAGUAAAAAAUCUCAAUCAACUGUGAAUGAGAAUAAUAACUCUGGUAAGAAGAAGAGUGUUGUAUUAAGUAAAGAUUCAUAUACAAGAUAUAUACAUGAAGACGAGAUUGAGAAUGAAAAUCAACCCAUAAUAAUGAAGACAAGUCACGCAAGCAUACAUCGAAAACAGCAGUAUGGUUCAUCUUUACCGCAGUAUCCACAACAGAAAAAAGGCAGCAUUAUAAUUGCAGAAAAUCAUUACGAUAAACCAGAAGAAAAUAUUAGAAGACAUUCUCGUUAUCAAGAUUAUCCUGAAUAUCGACAUAAUUCAUCACAUCAACAUCAACAUCAAGAAAAUAGAAGAGUUUUACGGCAACGUUCAGAAAGUAGAGAUCGGGAUCCAUAUAGUAAAUAUCUGCAUCCAACUUGUCAGGAGCCAUAUCAACAACCAAAGGAUCGAGAAAAUGGACGAUCACUUCCACGUCGAAGAUGUCGAAGUAUUAGUGAAACUCGUUCUGAAAGUUAUAAUUUUUCAACUAAAGAAUCUCCCUCACCAAAACGUGUUCGAUUCGAUAGUUUCAAUGAAAAUUCAAGAGUAACGAGAUCUAGGAGUAAUGACCGAAAUUGUAGGUUUGAAGAUAAUUCAACUAAACAAAGUGUUCGAGAACAGACAAAUGCUCGAAAUCGUGUUAAAACAAAUUCAGAAGAAGAAAAGCAGUUAUUAUACGAGAAGUUACGACGGAAAUAUAAUAUAUUGAAGCAAGUACAAAUUAUAUUGAAUGAAAGAAAUAAUCUGUCAUUAGAAGCAUACCAAAAGAAACAAAUGGAAGAAGCUUCACGUAGUAAUAAUAAAAUUCCUAAAACUCAAAGGCGUAUUCAAAGGCGGAAGAGUGUCUAUUAUGAUAUUGAUAGUGAAAUAAAUACUGAUGAUAUUACAUCACGUGAUUCAGCAGAAUUCCCUAACGAAUUAUCAAAUGAUCAUCGGAAAAGUCGUUUAAGGAGUCGAAGAAAUUCGAAUGUGAACGAUACGAAUAUCGGACAGCGACGUGGUCGAAGUCGUACCCGUAUGACACUUGAUUUAACUUUGAAUAACAUUGACAGUACAGAAAAAUCGAAUGAUCGUUUAACACCAACCAAUAGUGAACAUAUAAAUAAUGAUACAACUCCAACGACAACAACUGAAAAUAUGUAUCCAUCAACAACGUACUUUUCAACUCCUGUACGAAUCGCUGAAUUUGUUGAAUGUUUACAAGCAUCAACUACAACAACGAAUUCGAUAACACCUAAAAGCGAUGAAAUUCAUGUGCCAUCCAUACAAAGUUCUAUAGAACGGCUACAAAAUUCAUUAGCAAGUCCAAUAUCGUUACCAGCUUCUGAAAAUACCACCACAGAUUCAACAUUUAAUGAUACCAACUUAAAUAAAAAGAAGUAUAAUAGUAUUAAAAGUGGCAAUUUAAUUUUAUCGAAUGUUUCUAAACAAUUGGUAAAUAUAUUUAGUGAUGUUACUGAUAAUGUUCAAGAUAGUGAAGAUAAUGAUGAUAAUGUGCAAUAUGAUCAAGAACCUGAACAAAGUUUAGAUGAAUUAUCAACAGAUUUAAAUGUAGAAAGACCAAUAUUACGUACAAAAGGUGCAAGAAAAUUAUUAAAAGAUGAAAUCAAUCGUCCAAUGCGUCAGUGUCGACGAAGUAGUAGUACAAGUAAUCGAAUAUUUAGUACUGAUACAAGUUCAACACGUCGUUUACGAAAAACAGAAUAUUUAAAAACAUUUCGACACGUUACUGGUGAUUUAGAAGAGGAUCAAUCAACACCAGCUAUGCAAGAUGAUGAAGUUACAACAUCAACACCAAAUACUGAACUAACACCAUCGGCAUCAACACUAUUGUCUACUGAAGUUACAACAACCGACACCUAUACAACAUCAACUCCUCUUAUUGUUAGUGAAAGUAAAUUAUCUUGGGAACAUUAUAUUAAUUUAUCACCUGAAAAACAACAAGUAAGCAUUGUUGAUAAUAAUGUUGAUGAUGACGAUGAAAGUAAUCCUAUUUAUGAUCAAUUAUCUACAAUUGUUAAAUCAAGUGAUCUUGAGAAACCAGCAGAUGAUCAACAAAUACAAAUCAAUAGUGUUGAAGAAAUUGAUAAAUCAGAUAAACAUGAUAAACCCGAAAUAUUAUCAUCUCCUAUAAAUAUUGCACCGAUAGAACAACCAAUAAUUGAUAACUCUCCGUUAAAACAUUCUAAUUUAGAUGUUGUAAGUGAUAAUAAAAUUGAUAAUAAAACUGAAAAAUUAGAACCUGUUGUAGAAAAUUCUACUACAGUUGUUGAUUCAAUAUCUACUACGAAUGAAUGUACUUCAACGGUACCUAAAUUAUUACCAAUUUUAUCAAAAAAUGAUGAGAAAAAACAAAAACGAACACGUAAAGUAACAUUUGUUGAUAAAACUGAUAAUAUUAAUGAAAUAUUAAAUUCAAAAUUAAAUGAUCAAGUAAAAACAAAUAAUAAUAAAAAAAAUCGUAAAACGAUCAAUCAUUUAUCACCAACAUUAGAUAAUAAAAUAAUAAAUGAUGAACAAGUUGUAAAAAUAACAGAAAUACCAAAUAAAAAUAAAAAAAACAAUCAAGUUAAAUCGAAUAAAAAAACUGUAAAUAAUAAUAAAAAUCGAAUUACAAGGAUUACAAAAGAGACUAAACCGAUUACAAAGGAGAUUAAACCGAUUUUAAAGGAGAUUAAAUCGAUUACAAAGGAGAUCAAAUCGAGUAAAAAAGACUUAUCAUCAUCAAGUAAAGAUGCAUCAAGUAAAAUACGUUUUUUUGAUUUGUUUGAAGAAUUUGAUCAUCAACAAAAAAAUCAUUUAUUGAUACCAAAUGUUAGAAAACGUCGUCUAUUAAGUUGUACCACCACCACAUCGAUCCCUACACCGACAUCGUCAUCACCAUUAGUAAAUAAAAGUACGGUGAACGAUGAAGAUGAUGAUGAUAUUAGUUUAGCUGAAUUAAAAAGGCGUAAUGUUAUUUUAGUAAAAAAAAAUGUUAAACAUUUGAAUAAUAAAUUAAAUAAACGCGCUGGUAAAUCUCAUAAAAACUGUGAUAUUAACCAUGUAAGUGGUACAAGUACAAAUACAACUGGUACAAACUCAUCGACAACAGGUGCGAUUGUAUUAACAUUAGAUGAGAUUGAAACAUGUGAUAUAUCGGUUGUGUCAUGUGAAGAAGUUGUUGGUGAAGGUACUAUUUUAUUAAAUAAUGCAAAUGCUACCAAAUCAUCUGCUACCGCAACUAAACCUGCUACAGCUUCGACUGCUACAACAACCAACAAAGUAAAUAAUGUUGUAAAUGACACAUAGGAUAUCACUGAAUACUUAUGUAAGUGGUUUUUUUCAAAAAUUUCAACACAAAUAUCAAAUUUGAAUGUUUAGGGUAAAUAGAUAAAAGGGUGUGCUAUAACCACUAAUUAGUACUUGUGCUACUACGGACAUAAAUAUGAAAUUGAAUCAAUUUAUGUCGCAAAUCAUUUUGAACUUGACUAAUUAAUAUAUCAAAAAAUUAAAAGUAUUUUCUUACGCUGGCUUUUAAGUGUCGAUUAUAUAAUUUUUCAUUUAAUCUAUUUAGGUAAUCAUGUGACUGAAAAACUUUUGUAUUUCUUGAUGGCACUUUUAAAUAUUUUUUGUAAUUCUUUCUAUAUAUAGGUUCUUCACACGUCAAUUAUGUGUAUGAGAAAAUACAUUGCUUUUUCAGUUUUUUUUUUUUUUUAUUAAAAUUCGAUCAAGAAAUUAAAUAUUAAGACCUUCCCUCUCUCCGACCUUUGCCAUGCAUGUAUUAAAAAGCUAAAAUUUGGCAGAUUAAUUUCUUCACUCUUUCAUCAAAUCUAAUUGUUUACGUAUAGCUGACGUGGAAUGACCUAUAUAAAA